GCUGAAAUCCUAAUGAACCGACCCCACGCGAGAAAUUCAUUGGGAAAAGUAUUUGUAAAUGAACUGUUCAGUGCUCUGGAACAGCUCCGCUUCGAUGAGAAGGUGCGUGUGGUGGUGUUCAAGAGUGAGGUGAAAGGUGUGUUCUGUGCAGGAGCAGACUUAAAGGAACGUGCAAAGAUGGAUGAUGCAGAAGUGGGACAGUUCGUUAGAAGGCUGAGAAAUCUCAUGGAUGAAAUAGCUGCCCUGCCUGUCCCCACCAUCGCUGCGAUAGAUGGCUAUGCCCUGGGCGGUGGACUCGAGCUGGCCUUGGCCUGUGACCUUCGAGUAGCAGCUUCAUCAGCUAAAAUGGGCCUUAUUGAGACCACAAGAGGACUUCUUCCUGGAGCAGGUGGAACCCAGCGCCUGCCCAGGUGUGUUGGAAUUGGUCUGGCAAAGGAACUCAUUUUCACUGGUAGACAGAUUGAUGGACAACAAGCCUUCUCCAUGGGAUUAGUAAAUCACUCAGUGCCACAAAACAGUGAAGGAGAUGCAGCUUACCAGAGAGCAUUAACUUUGGCUAAAGAAAUCCUUCCUCAGGCUCCAUUUGCUGUGAAAAUGGGAAAACUGGCAAUAAACAGAGGAAUGGAGGUUGACAUUGCAUCAGGGAUGGCUAUUGAGGGGAUGUGUUAUGCCCAGAAUAUUCCCACCAAAGACCGUCAGGAAGGGAUGGCUGCCUUCAGGGAGAAACGACCCCCUCGCUUUAUCGGCAAAUAAUGCUUCCUCGCUUCCCCCUGAGCUUUGGGGGAUAAAGUAGGGCUGAAGAGGACUCACUGAUUUCUUGAGAUUGUUUUUAUGACACCAUUCUGUGCACUUAACUCCUUGCCUUGGACUGCAUUUCUGAAUACUCGACUGGAUCAUUUUUCUGUAUGACUUUCCAAAUAAAGUUUACCUUUGUA